GUUGGGGGUGGGGGGGGGUGGGGGUUCCACUUUGAGCCAGUCAGCUCGCUGCGAUGAGUGUGCAGUAAGCAGCAGCAGCAGCAGCCGCAGCAGCCGCAGCAGCGGGGAGCGCGCAUCGGAGAGCCCGCAGCGCCGAGCACCAGGAGCUCCGGGGAGCCGCGCGUCAGCACCGGCCCGUCCUGCGCCCCGGACCCCGACCGCCAGCCCCACACAGCCGGACACACCGCCUCGGCUCCAUCGGGAGGUCGUCCAUCUCGUCCCGGGUUAGUCGUCGCCGACCUGACCUCGGGGGGGAAAGAAAAAGCGUCCGGCGUCGAGGAAAAACAACGAGAGCCCCGCCCCCUCCUCCCGUUGCCAUGGGGAAACAGAACAGCAAGCUGCGGCCGGAGAUGCUGCAGGACCUCCGGGAGAAUACCGAGUUCUCCGACCACGAGCUGCAGGAGUGGUACAAGGGCUUCUUGAAGGAUUGCCCCAGCGGCACUCUGAACGUGGAGGAGUUCAAGAAAAUCUACGCCAAUUUCUUCCCCUACGGCGACGCCUCCAAGUUCGCGGAGCACGUCUUCCGGACGUUCGACACCAACGCCGACGGCACGAUAGACUUCCGGGAGUUCAUCAUCGCGCUGAGCGUGACGUCACGGGGAAAGCUGGAGCAGAAGCUGAAGUGGGCCUUCAGCAUGUACGACCUGGACGGGAACGGCUACAUCAGCCGCGAUGAGAUGCUGGAGAUUGUACAGGCCAUCUACAAGAUGGUGUCAUCUGUGAUGAAGAUGCCGGAGGACGAGUCCACGCCGGAGAAGAGGACGGAUAAGAUCUUCAGACAAAUGGACCUCAAUAACGACGGCAAAUUGUCCCUGGAGGAGUUCAUCAAAGGUGCCAAAAGCGACCCGUCCAUCGUCCGGCUACUCCAGUGCGACCCCAGCUCGGCCUCCCAGUUCUGAACCCCCCCCCCCCCCCCAACCCACUCUGUUGCUAUGAAACAGUCACUCAAAUCAAUGCAUGAUGGUUCUCGUCUCUCAUAUCAUCUGUUUUAUUUGUUCGUUUGUCGUGUGCAAGGAUGGAGGAGGAUAAGAAAACGCCAUCACUAUCACUUUCCUGUCUUUAUUUAUAUAUAUAAAUAAAUAUAAUAUACGUAUAUAUAUAUGUAUUUAUAUAUAUUUUUUUAUUUAUAUAUAUAUAUAUUUUUAUAUAUAUAUAUUUAUAUAUAUUUAUAUAUAUAUAUAUAUAUAUUUAUUGAUAGAUUUAUAUAUAUAUACGUAUAUUUAUAUAUAUAUAUAUAUAUUUAUUUAUCGCUCUCUUUCUCUGAGUGUUGAUGUUCAGUGACGCUCAGUUUGUCCUCUGACACAUGUACAUCAUGUAUAUAUAUACAUAUAUUAUAUACUGUAUGUUUAUGAAUAUCACAAGAGGACGUUUGUCUCUUCGUGUACGGUUCACACUCUCUUGCAUUGAAAAAGCAGAAUUAUGUAGCGCAGCUUCCUGGUCUGAUAUGAAGGGGUAGAGGUGUGUGUGUGUGUGUGUGGGGGGGGGGGGGGUAUUGGGAUUUUACUGCUAUAUGAUCUUUCGCUGAGAAAAAGAAAGGCCUAAGAUCCCAUUUGUUUUCUAUUGAUAUCUACUGUCAAUGUGUUGAUUUUUAAACUUUUGUUUUUUAAAUUAAUUUUACAUUUUG